AUGCCAGAAGAGACCGAACAAACCACUCAGUUAACCUCCGAUCAAUUAAAAUUGUCUUCCAACAUUGCAAAUUAUUCCUUUGAAGACCAAAAAGAAAACAUAAUUCCAGUGAAGCAAGGUAGAAGUGGGGUAACGCUCUCACAACUAUUCUCUGUAGCUCCUUCAAAACGUCACGAGCAACUUCAAGAAGGACACAACCAAUUUUCACAAGAGCUACAAAAUCUUGGGGAGCUCGAUGACCCGUUGGACGUGUAUAGUCGUUAUAUUGAAUGGACAAUCCAAAAUUAUCCGGAAGGACACAAUAAUGAAUCUAAUUUGAUACAGUUGUUGGAAGCGGCUACCAGGCUUUUUCAAGAUGAUGUUCGUUAUAAAAAUGACGCUAGGUAUUUGAAAUAUUGGAUACAAUAUUCAAAAUAUGUCGAACAGCCACGAGAAAUUUUUGCCUUCUUGGAAAAUAAAAAUAUUGGAUCAAAUUACGCUGUCUAUUACGAAGAAUAUGGCACGCUAUUGGAAAGAGCUCAAAAAUAUAAAGAAGCAGAUGAGAUAUAUAAGUUGGGUAUAAGACGGAAUGCCCAACCCCUUGAAAGGUUGAAUCGACGUUAUAAUGAUUUCCAGAUUAGAAUGAUGACCACGACAUCGAUUCCAAAUGAGAACCCUCAAACAGCUUCUAAAGAGUUGAUUAAUCCACAGAGGAAAAUUCUAGGAAUCAAAAGUUCUGCAUCAUCUACUAAGUCUGCACCCUUGAAUGUCGCGCUUGCAAGAAAUUCUUCAAGUAGUCGUGAAGCAGCAAACACACUUAAGAUAGAGCACGCAACCCCAAUCGAUGACAACCUUCCCAGCACUGGUAAAAUCUCUGUGUUUUAUGAUCCUGAUGGUCGAAUAGGGGCAGCUGCUUUAGCUGCUUCCGAAAAUAAAUGGAAAGAUUAUGGGACAGAAGCAUCUCGGAAGAAAGAAAAUAUCCAUGACCCUUUAAAAUGGAAAGGCGAAAAAUUAUCUCAGAAAUCGAAUUGUUCAGUAAUCCCAGCUGCAAAGCUCGAGAUUUAUCAUGAUGAGCCACAACUUGCAUCACUUAAUGAAACGGAGCGCCCUAUUGAGGAUUUCGGAAGAUUGCCAGAGAAUAAGUCUGAUACGUCAAAAGAGCACAAAUUGACGAGAGAAACAAAUUCAUCACAUACAUUAGGAAAACAAUCCGCUUCAUCCUCAUCGCAAACUCGUAAAGCUAAAUCCAACAACAUUCAAUUGCCUGAAAAUUUCUUUAUAAAUCUUGAUCAAUUCUAUGUUGGAGAUGAAGAAUUUUGUUUCGAAGAGAUUCGAGCAAAGUAUUUGGGAUGGGGUGAUAAAAGUGUCGAAGAAGAGGAGCAUUCGAUUGAUGCAAACGUGUCCGAAUACUGCACGGAUGUGGAAAAAAAUCCAACUUCUAAUAUCGGUCAAAGAACUCCGAUAAAAGAUGCAAAAUUUGAUGAAUCAGAAAAAACAAAUCGACCCUCCCCAACGAUAAAUACGAAAGAAGCUUUAGCGGAUAUAUACGAAAUAUUUAGUCAGCCACUCAUACGCGACAGCGAUGACGAAAAUGGGGACUAUAGCUCUUCAUCAAGAGCUAAACGUGAAAAUAAACCGACAAUAUUUUAUGAUGAGAAUUCUCUUUUGCAAACCCCAUCCUCUUCAUAUAACACUAGUGGAAUUUUUGCUGGCCAGAAACGAAAAGGAUCUCAUGACGAAAAUUUUGAUCUUUUUGAAAAUUCUUUUAAUAGUCAGGCAUCCGCUAAAAGACAGGCCUUAGGAAUUCUUUUUCCUUUAGACUGUGUUCAUAAAGAAACUGAUAUCGAGAAUUCACAAAGUUUAAAUAAUGAACUUGAAAAUAAUUCAUGUGGAGAAUCAAACUCGAUUAUCUUACGUAAUCAAUAUUCGAACCAUCGAGGAGAUAUACGGACUGUUCCAUUCGAAAUAUUGACUCCAAUUGAUGAACGUAAUUCGGAAUAUGAAUCUGGGAAGGCCAGUCUUUCCUCAGCAACGUCGUUCAAGGCUACUGAGUCUAAUGAGAGUACUGGUGAGCUCGAUGACACUUUUGGGCAUAAAACUCAAAAAAAAGUCAUCCCAUUAUCUUCAAAAUCAAAUCAGCCCAUAUUACACUUUCAGGCGUUUAAUUCUUUACCUGGGAAUUUAUGUAAUCCAAUGGACCCCGAAAUUCGCGAUAAAUUUUUUUCGGAACUUAAUCCACCAUUAAGCAGUUAUGAAGGAUUUUACGAUCAUAAGUUGACAGAAUUUAGUGGAUCCGAAAAAGUAAAUAAUUGCGCUAUGAAUUGGAUAAAUAAUAGCCGAAAACGCCAUAAUGUGUCGAUAGAUUCGGAUUACACUUUAAACUUACUUGAUGAUACAUUCGAAAUUCGACAAAAGCUUGGAGAAGGUGGAUUUGCAAAAGUUUAUUGCAUUGUAGACAAAAAGCGUCUCAAUAAAAUUAUCGGGAAUGAAAUUCAUCGAAGUUCCAAUUGUAACGACAAAUCAAUUUUUCGAGCAUUAAAAUUACAAAAACCUCCGGACGCAUGGGAAUUUUACAUCCUUCGUCAAGUACAUCAACGUGUUUCUGCAUCCACAAUCAAUUCGUUUAUUUCCGUUUCCGCCCUUUAUCUCUUUAAAGACGAAAGUUACUUGAUAAUGGAAUAUCUUGAACAUGGUACAAUCUUGGAUGUGGUAAAUGCAGCAACAAAGGAAAACACCUCCAUGGAUGAACUACUAGUGGGUUUCUUUACGGUAGAGUUGCUCAAAGCAAUUGAAGCGAUGCACGCAGCUGGCAUAAUACAUGGCGAUUUGAAAGCGGACAAUUUACUCGUUCGAUUAGAACCGACAGAAGAAUGGGAUUCACAAUAUUCACCGACUGGGUCGAAUGGGUGGUCUAAAAAAGGAGUAAAGAUUAUCGAUUUCGGAAGGGCUAUUGAUUUAACUUUGUUCUCUGAGGAGACAAAAUUUAUAUGUGAUUGGGAAACAAGCGAACAAGAUUGCUAUGAGAUGCGAGUCGGCAAACCAUGGAAAUGGCAUGCUGAUUAUUAUGGUCUAGCUGGAAUUAUAUAUUGUAUGUUACAUCACAAAUUUAUGCAAACUACAUGUGUUGACGAAAGUAUUACAAGAAAACGAUAUAUGCCAUUACUUCCAUUCAAACGGUACUGGCAAGACCUUUGGCGACGAAUGUUCGAUAUGCUAUUGAAUCCUUCAUAUGUUCGUUCCGAUAGUCAACUACCAAUAACUAAUGAGUUGCGAGAUAUUCGUCGAGAACUUGAAGGAUAUCUUGUUAUGAAUUGCGAAAGGAACGGCAAAAGUUUGAAAUUGAUGCUAAGAAAAUUGGAAAAUAAGGAGUAUUCGUAA